AAGCCUUCAUGAAGUCGAAGAAACUGUAUUUAUUGUGGCUAGCGCAGCAUUGCGAGCAUCAAGACUUGAAGCUGAUGCAUAAGUUUUGGCAGCAAGGGAAAUGUGACUGAAGAGGACAUCAACCUGAAGGAGUGAGUUUUUGCCGCAAGAGGAAGCUUUACACUAAGCCGUCACUUUAUCAACGCCCCCAAAGGCGGUGGCUUGCGACCACAGACGGGGAGGGGAGCGUUCGCCAGCAUAUAGUGGCUCCAUUCGUCCUUGGACGACGAGAUACUCCGGCCAGAAAUAAACUUUCAGAUGUUUUCGAUCAUUCGUGCCGAGACCAUGCUCUGCGGGCGGACCGAAAGACUCCAUUGAUGUCGAAAAACAAGAGACAACCUGCUUUUUCAUCUGGAAACCGUCGAAAAAGAAUGUCCCUCCCACCGGCGCCGCUGCUGCAACAGCUGACAGUGCUCCUGCUUGCUGCAACGGCAACGACUGGUGUUUUGAUCUCUCCGCCGACUCUGGUGAAGCAGCCAGCGCGCGAGACGCUCUUUCAAGUGUCCCACUCCCCCGAUGAGCCGGAGAGGCCCUUCGUGCUGGAGUGCGAGGCCACGGGAGAACCCGAGCCCACUUACGAAUGGACGAAGAACGGCGACAAGUUCGACCACGCUUCGCAAGCGGAUCGCAUCUUACAGCUACCCCGCCGCGGUUCGCUCCUCUUCGAGAACCCCAACGACGGGAAUGAAGGGUUGUACCAGUGUCGCGCCACCAACCAGCACGGCACUGCGGUGUCCGACGCCGUCUCAUUGCGCAAGGCCGAGCUUGGCAAGUUCACCGAAAAGCCACCGAAAGAAGUGCGCGUCAAAGAGGGCGUCCCACUGACGCUCCACUGCGACCCUCCAACGGGAUACCCGCGGCCGAAUAUUUUCUGGGUUAUCCGGCACGCGAACGGUGCUCUUAGAAAUAUCAAUUCAUCCCGCAUAACCGUGAACCCCGAGGGCGGUUUGCACUUCUCGCACGUCGAGAUUGAGGACGCGGUGCCCGAUGCCGCCUACGUUUGCACCGCGUCGUCACCCUUCCGACACGAGUACCGGCUGGGAAACGAGGUCCAUCUGACGUUGGAGCCCAGGCCAAGCACUGAGAAAUUCGAGCAAUCGCCCAUUAUACUGUAUGGGUCGCCCUCCGGAAUUGUAGCACUGCGGGGCCACCAGCUCGAACUCCACUGUAUCUAUGGCGGUCGACCAGAACCGCAGAUUGUGUGGAAGAAACGAGAAGGGGAUCUGCCGUCUCAACGCGUAUCCUAUUCCAACCACGGCACGACGCUGCAACUCCGCUCGAUAAGCUUCGAGGACGAAGGCACCUACGAGUGCGAGGCAAGCAACGGAGUAGACGAGGUCCGGAAACACGCCAUGCGAGUCAAGGUGGAGGCAGAACCAUUCUGGUUGCAAGCGCCGAGCGACACCAUUGCAGCUGAAGGAGAGAGUGCCACCUUGAAUUGUUCGGCUUCAGGGGUGCCGGAGCCCGAGCUGCGGUGCUUUAUGAACGGCGUACCCAUCGAGAUGAUCGAGGGCAACGGACAUAUGAGAUACGGGAACGAUGGAUUCUCACUCAUUAUCGAGGAGCUUACAAAGGCUGACACCGCUGUCUACCAGUGUAAUGCCUCCAACAUCCAUGGAUAUGCCUUUCGGAACUUCAUCCUCAAUGUUGUCGAAACUCCGCUCAUCGAGGAACCGCCUGCACCGCUGACGGUCGGUGUGGUAAUGUCGAGGGCGACGAUGCGGUGUCGUGUUUCAAGAGUUGCGCGCCCCGAAGUGAAGUGGAUGAAGGACUCGCAGGAGCUGACCGGAGGCCGCUACCACAUCCUCGACUCCGGCGACCUGCAGAUUGAUGGCCUCAGGUUCACGGAUCAGGGUGAAUACACGUGCCACGCCAGCCACAAAUCUCGUGUUGAUGUGGCCUCCGGAUCGCUAGAGGUCAAGCGCAGGACGCGCAUUACCCAGCCACCGCGAGACUACGAGGUGGCAGCCGGCAAAGCCGCGACCCUCCGCUGUAACGCCGAAGCGGACCCAAGUCUGGAGCUGUCUAUCGGAUGGCUGUUCAAUGGCCAGCCCGUGGACCUUGCGGCCGACCCACGCGUGGUUCAGCUGAAUGAUAACUCGCUGAUUAUCACACGGACCACCGAGCUCGACUCGGGUGUCUAUACAUGUGUGGCACGCACCGAAGUCGAUAGUGACCGCGCAAUGGCUGCACUGAUUGUUCAGGAUGUGCCCAAUCCACCACAGAUGGUCCAAGUCGACUGCGACGUCUCCAUGGCUGUCGUGCAUUGGAAGCCCACAGGCGAUCGGCGGGCCCCUAUACUGUCCUACUCAAUUCAGUACAACACCUCCUUCAGCCCCGACACGUGGGAAGAUGCCUUUGUGAACAUACCCGCCCACGACACUAAGUUCAAGGUUUCCAUGAGUGCCUGGACCAACUACACGUUCCGGGUGGUGGCUCGCAACAAGAUCGGGCCCUCGCUGCCCUCAGGGGCAUCGUCGAGGUGCACGACUCCUGAAGACGUGCCACACAAUAAUCCCGACCAAGUCAUGAGCCGUGGGGAAAGCUUCGACAAUCUGGUCAUAACCUGGGCACCCAUGUCCCCCAUAGAGCACAAUGCACCGGGAUUCUUCUACAAGGUACUCUGGAAGCGCGACGACAUCCCCGGCAGCGCGUGGAAUGAACACAUCAUCGAGGACUGGAAGCAGAACCGACUCGUCGUCCCCGAUCAGCCUUCGUUCAAGCCAUACCGCAUCAAGGUCGAGGCGCACAACCGGCUCGGCCAGGCAAACACUGCCCCCAGAGAAGUCAUCGGGUAUUCUGGCGAGAAUGUGCCGUUGGCUGCACCCCAGGUCUUACAGCUGACGGAAGUCAUCAACGCCCGCACUGCCAAGUUUACUUGGAGCCCCGUGAGCUCCGAGUCUGUGCGGGGUAAUUUCCGCGGCUACAAAAUCCAAACGUGGACAACGGACGAGGGGAAGGAAAGGCUACGGGAGAUGGUGGUCCCGGCCAACGUGAAUACGUCCAUUGUCAGCCUGUUCCGGCCCUAUUCACGCAACGUAGUCCACAUCUUGGCGUUCAACGACAUGUACAACGGGCCGCCAUCGGACACCCUCGAUUUCACGACACCGGAGGGCGUUCCGGGGCCAGUAGCCUCGUUCGAUAGCUUGCCUAUUGGGUCAGAAGCCGUGUACCUCACGUGGAAGCCGCCCUCGGAGCCCAAUGGCUUACUUACGGGCUACCACAUCUACUAUCAAGAGGUGCGCGGCAGCAUGCUGGGACCCAAGAUCGAACGUCUGCCACCAGUGAGCGACCCGCAGAAGCUGAGUGCCAAGCUCGGGGGACUCAAGCCGCGUUCCCUAUACCGCAUCACUAUUCAAGCGGCGACUUCUCAGGGCCAGGGAGAGCCAUACUUCAUCGAGCUGAGAACGCCGGACGAGUCCGAAAACCCCCCCGACGCGGCCGACUUCGUCUGGGCCUACGUGCCAGGCGACGAAGGCAGAAGCGCAAAUGUGCGGGUGACAUGGUUGCCGGCGGUGACCGGACACCCCGGCAGCGACUUCUACGUCCAGUACCGCCGCAAGGGUGACGAGACAUGGGAAAACACAACGGUUGCGGAGCAUGAUAACAGCAUCGUGGUCAUGGGCCUGGACAAGCACGCCUUCUACGAAGUGCGCAUCGUUGUCGUCGAUGGCAAGUACCAGAAGCAGUCGCCGAUCGAGGAGGUGUUGACAGGAACUCUCGGUGGCCCUAAUCCUCCAGAGAUACUUCGCGUAGAAUGCGAAGCGUUCACGGCGCUCAUAGAGUGGGCACCCCGAGGCGACAACCGGGCGUCUAUCCUGUCGUACUCAGUCCAGUACAGUGUCACUCCAAACUCGUGGGAGGACAUCGGUCCGGAGAUUCCUGCACCGGACACCAGUUUUCGGUUGGCUCUGAGUCCUUGGGCCAACUACACUUUCAGGGUGGUGGCUCGCAACAAGGUCGGACCCUCGGCACCCUCCGAGCCAUCGGCAACGACGUGCGUGACCCCAGAAAGCGUGCCAUUCAAGAAUCCCGAUUCUGUCACAGGCCGGUGGAACAUCUAUGAUGACCUCAUCGUAUCCUGGAUGCCUAUGGGCCCCAUCGAUCACAAUGCACCGGGAUUCUUCUACAGGGUGUCCUGGAAUCAGAGCGACCUUCCCGAUGCCGCAUGGAGCUCGCAUGACGUCAAGGACUGGACGCAGGACACGCACGUCCUACGUGGCCUGCCCAGGACUGCGCCCUACACCGUCCGCGUGGAGGCACACAACCGGCUUGGUCAGGCGAACGUCUCGGCCACAGAAAUUGUAGUUCCGAAGAGUGAGAAAGCGAAGCUCGUGGACAUUAUGGAUGCGAUUCUUGCGUACUUAUAAGGGGUGUUCAUAAGCACAUCGUGACAGCGUGCAUCGUUUUCUUGCAUGGUGAGGUGCCGAAUGCGCACAUCUUUACGGCAUCAAUCAAGUCCUGGGUAUUUUGAGUGGUGGUGAAUCUCGUCCUAUCCCCGCAUUCUAACACUCGCUUAAUUUCGACAUCAUUUGUGUACUAAGCGAUAAAAAAUAAAUCUGUGGAUAAGUAUUACUGGAUUCCUUCAGGGUCACAGUUACGCGGUCAAUUGCUCAAAGAUGCCACAAGGAAUUUCGAAGCUGUCCGGCAGAGGCGACGCAUUUCUAGAAGAAAAAAUAAAAAGAACUUUACAAGGUAUUUCAACUUUGGUGCACACACGGCUGUCACACAUUAGAGGUGUUGGAUUGUUCGUUGGAGUAUCUUCCGAUCACUCCGUUCAUGUACGUCAUGUUAGGGUGCAAUGAUCGGUCAAAACGGCAAUAUUUCUUGAUAAUGUUAAAUAACGAGCCACCGAUACGAACGAACGAGGGAACGAGGGAACGAGCGAACGAGCGAACGAACGAACGUUUUCCUUGCCGUGUCCGACCACCGACCAACCACGAAAACGGCUAAAGAGGAAAAGAAAGCUAUUCUCUUUAAAACAGAUAUAGCAGGCAAACCCUUGAUAUCUGAGGAAUACAUGGCUGCGCUAACAGGAAAACAUUUAGAAAGAAAAGUGGGAAACGAUAGGUCGGGCGCUCGCCCAGCAACAAGUUCUACUCAAACCUUUGAGACAUUUCAAGUGUCAUUUAGUCCAGUCGGGCCCCAUAAAUGUCGCAUGAGAGAGGUGCAAUGCACGAACAAAUACUGAUUCUCUCUUUCUAGAUCAAAACUGAGUCAUUCAACGAUUAAUGCGUGGGCGGGACAUAAGGUGACAGCAGCUAAAUAAAACCGCGAACACUCACUGUGGAUAAGUUUUGAAUCCAGAUCACUCAGAUGCGAUGUACUCAGCCAGAUCAACAGCUCAUCACGGCCGGCUGAUGAAGUUGAUAAUUUAAAAAAAUUUACAUUGACUGAAAAUUUAAAAAAUACUCAGGCACAUAAAUUUCUCAAAUUAAUAUGUCGAUACUAAGGACAUUUUCAAUCGGGAAUGAUUGUCAUUGCUUAUUGAGAAAGGAUAUAAGCGUUUAAGAAAAGAGCUACAAUUUACCAUUUCUGAGCAGAUGUUUUAUUUAGGCCAUCGGUAUAUUUGCAAACGUUGAUGAAUAUUGGAAAAUUAUAAAUAAGAGUUGCAGCAUCAAGUUAACAUGGUGCAACUGAGCAAUAAGAAAACUAUCACAAUUGCACGUCUCACCUAUUGGAGCACAUAAUGUGGACAAAAUUGGUGCAUUAUACGCCACUCAGAAGUAUUCCGUUAAUUUGUAUUAAGACAUUUGGAGAACCCUUGUAAACGUUGUAAUGAUUUAAUGUACGCUCAAAACUAGUUAAUUAUAUUUGCCUGUUUUUGAUUAUCUCCCUGCUACAGCUCAUAGAAUUGUGAUAUUUAAUUUUGAUAUGAAAUUACGAAGUUGAAAACUUCCAGCUUAGUUAAUAUUUUUCUUUUUUUAAUGCGAAGUAUUCCUUGCCUCAUUCUUGGCACUUUGCGGUAGAUAGGUAAGUUCCUUUCUCAGCUCGCUUUAUAAAAAAUAAAAUAAUUUGUGACCGAUGGUGGAAUCGAACCUCCAUGCACCGUGGAGCACACCAGCCCGGUCGUCUAACCACUAGGCCGCGAUUUCAUUUUAUUUCUUUAUUGGCGUUAUUCAAUUCCCACAGUAAUUAUUUUGUACAAACAUACCAGCCCAGCAAGCCCUGAGGAGAGAAAUAAUCAAAAAUCUGGCAUGUACAUCAGCCCUUCUAACCCAGGAAGGCAGUCUCAAUCCAGUACUUGCAGUUAAUACACUUGAACCAUCCUGAAUAUACAGAUUCGCGAAAGUAAAUCCUUGUUCGUGUCACGUCCAGAUCUGCAUGACCCGCCGGCCAUUCUUGACAACUAAAUACCAUGUAGACCCAGAAGCAUUAAUUAUCCCGUCAAUGGGCACGCUUACGCUCGCCCGCUACCCAAGUAGAACGUAAUAAUUGGUCUGUCGUAAGCUCGCAUCGAAUGCCGGCGUAGAUAUGCCCUUGCUGUCCUUGCUGACCAUCUUCAGCAUGGUCGUCGUCGUGCUACUGUCGUCACACACUAUAUAUAUAUAUAUAUAUAUUGCGACGAGGUUUAUUGUCGUCGAGAACGUUGCAAGAACGCUACGUAAAGGUAGGCACUGCAAGGGCUUUUCGUAGCACGGGGCUCACUCGCGAUCACGGCACGAUACUUCGUCUUCCUCUUCAGUCGGCACAUACACAGGGGCGGCCUCUGCUCUGCUUCAUUACAAUAUAUAUAUAUAUAUAUAUAUAUAUAUAUAUAUAUAUAUAUCAUGUAUAUAUAUCAUGUAUAUAAUGCUUCCAAAUGCUCAGAUCUUUUGAUUUAAAAUCCUGGUUCUCCAUUUCCUUGUUUUUUGUGUCCUUUUAUUACAUUUAUUUUCUUUUUGUAUGUAUAUGUCGUGCACAGAGAUGUUGUUGCCAAUGUACUUUCUCCGUUGUGUAUGUUUAUAUAUUUUGCUGCUCCUUAUAUUUGUAUCAUGGUACAUUGAAUAGCACUGUUUGCUAAAUUUCCUUUUUGUGUGUUCUAAUGUAACUUAUGUCACCUCGUAGCGAAGCCCCGUCAGGCCGAAUGGCCUUUAGCUUCGCUUCGUUUUUCUGUAUUCCGUUACAGAAAUAAAAUACACCGUUCCUUCA